AUGAGGUUAGGGCUAAAAACACAUUUGGGUUUAGAUACUGCACACCCAUUGAAUCAGUCUCGACGAUUCCAGUACUGCUCAGAACAACAAGGCUGCACAUCUCUAAUCCCCAAAUUUGAUGCUGAAUCGGGCGAGUCUCCUUCCUCACCGCUUGAUGUCGAUGGGAUCAUCGCUGAGUCAGUCGUUUCACUUCGUCCAAACUUAAUGGAUCCAAUUCGAACCGCAGCAACGUUACCCCUUGCACUUGACAAUUCUUCGGUGGAGCACCGCUUUGUUUGUUCAGGUAAAUUGCAAAAUAGUAUAUGUUUAGCCGAAGCUACGCAAGGUGCUGCACCCCCAUUGAAUGAAUAUCGACGAUUCCAGAAUCGCACAUCAAAUAUCACAACUACGCCAGCUUUGCUCUCGUCUUCGGCAGACCCUGCUUGUUCCCGACUUCUUCAAAGCACUACAAUCGGCUUCUAUUAUCAAAACACUAGAGGGCUGCGAACCAAAGUGGAAGAUUUUUAUGUUGCUGCAUCUGAUGCUGAGUAUGACGUUAUCGUUCUAACGGAAACCUGGCUGAAUAGUGAGAUUCAAUCAGCUCAGCUUUUCGGUCAGGAGUACACUGUUUUUCGUAAAGAUCGUGACCCCAUACGGUCUGGAAAAUUAAGAGGUGGCGGGGUUUUGAUUGCGGUCCGUAAUCGGCUAAUUUUUUCUCGCUCUACAGUUCGAGUUGAUGAAGAUAUCGAGCAGUUGUGGAUAAACAUAGAUGGGAAUGGAAGAACAAUACAUGUUGGUGUAGCAUACGUCCCGCCUGAUCUCGCAGUUGAAGUAGACGUAAUUAGAAGGCUUAUUAACUCAGUUGACGCUGUUGUAAACUCCUCUGGAAUGACUGAUAUGCACUUGUUGUUUGGUGACUUUAAUCAGCCCGGUUUAACAUGGUCCGACUCGGGUGCCGCCAACAUAGUGUUCCCAGAUCCGCUUAAAUCAACGUUCUCAACGUCCAGCGUAGUCCUCCUAGACGGACUUUCUGUACUGAAUUUCAAGCAACUGAAUGCGGUUAAAAAUGUGAAUGGUAGAACACUGGAUCUUCUUUUCGUAGAUGAAGAUGCUGCACCGUGUUGUGAACUUUCGGAAUCCGUUGAGCCCUUAACCCGCAUCGACCCGCAGCAUCCUCCUCUCUAUGCUGCUCUCUCGUGUGUCGCUCCGGUUCAUUUCGAGGAUUUAGACGACGACAGAGAAUUCGAUUUUAAACGUGCUGAUUUCGAAUCUCUUAACGAAGCCAUCUCAGCUGUUGAUUGGUCUCCAUUGUAUGCAGCGGCGAAUGUCAAUGAUUCUGUGGAACUUUUGAUAUCAAUUCUUACCCAACUGUUUCGAAUUUACGUUCCGCCUCCCCGACCACGACGGAAGCCACCCUGGUCAAACGGUACACUGAGAAAAUUAAAACGCGAAAGAGCCGUCGCGCUCCGGAGAUAUUCUAGAAAUCGAAAUGCCUUUGCUCAACGUGUGUUCGCGACAGCGAGCACUAGAUAUAAAAGUUAUAACCGUGCACUGUAUGCUAGGUAUGUUCGGCGUACACAAACAAAUCUCAAAAAUAACCCAAAACUUUUCUGGGCAUUCGUUAACGACAAACGCAAGGAAAGUGGUCUCCCGUCCACUAUGUUUCUUGGUGAAGAGCAUGCAGAUUCAGUCGACAGCAUAUGCAAUUUGUUUGCAAAGCACUUUUCGAGCGUGUUUGACGGAGAAUUCAUCAGCAAUCAACAAGUUGAGAGCGCUUUGCAAAAUACGCCCUUUGAUGUGCUGGACUUCCACGUGGGUCAGUUCUCCAACAUGGAUAUUGAAGCUGCUAUCAGAGGAAUUAAACCGUCCGCUGCUGCAGGGCCUGAUGGAAUCCCUACGCUUGUUUUGAGAAGAUGUGCGGAAGCUCUCUGCGAACCAUUGCGUUUCAUCUGCAACCGUUCAGUAAGCCAAUCUACAUUUCCGGACCGUUGGAAGAGCUCGAUCAUGUUUCCAGUGUUUAAGAAGGGAGAAAAGCGGAAUAUCUCUAAUUACCGUGGCAUAACAUCACUAAGCGCAGGAUCCAAGCUGUUAGAAACGCUAAUCAGUAAGCAGCUUAUACAAGCCGUUAAAUCGUAUAUUUCAACCGAUCAGCACGGCUUCUUUCCUGCAAGAUCUAUUUCCACAAACUUAGUACAAUUCACGUCACAUUGUAUGGUGAGUAUGGACGAAGGUAUCCAGGUUGAUACCGUCUACACGGAUCUGAAAUCAGCGUUUGACAGAGUCAAUCAUAAGAUUUUAGUCGCCAAAAUCGACCGGUUAGGUGCUCCAGCUAGCUUUGUGCAGUGGGUAACAUCAUAUCUUGCCAAUCGACGAAUGCGUGUGAAACUGGGAUCCCACGAAUCGAAUGAUUUUGGAAGUGAUUCUGGUGUACCACAGGUCGGUUCGUCAAAUUCCAAAUGCUCUUCAACGGUCGUGAAUGCACGGAUGCAUGCUGAGACUGGUUCGUGGUAUCCAAACACCGUUCGAUGGAAAAUUGGUUGUAAUAACGUCGUAUUCCGAAGAGAUCUACCUGUGACUGCUGAAGUUUCCGUCGUCGUUCUAGAGUAUCUAAGCCCAAUAGCCGGCAUCUAUCAGGAUACAAUGGCAAAUUAUUAG